AUGCCAUUCAUAACCCUCGAAGAGCACUACGUCUCCCCAACCAUCCGCGCCUCAACACCCCACGACCCCUUCGCCAGCUUCCCAGCCCCAACAAUCCAAAAACUCGAAUCCCUCUCAAGCGAAAGACUACAAGACAUGGACGCCGGCAACGUCGCACUCCAGAUACUCUCCCACGCACCGGGGACAUACAGCGCCGCCCUAUGCACAGAAACGAACAACACCUUGGCAUCCGCGAUAGCAGCGCAUCCGACACGCCUAGCAGGCUUCGCCCUCCUACCCAUGGCCGAGCCGGAAGCAGCAGCAGCAGAGCUGGAGCGGUGCGUAAGAGAGCAUGGGUUCGUCGGGGCGCUGUUAGACAACCAUAUCGAUGGACGGUUCUACGAUGGUCUAGAGUUCCGGGUUGUGUUUAGUAAGGCGCAGGAACUUAAUGUUCCAUUAUAUAUUCAUCCUGCAUGGGCCAGCGAUGAGAUGUUGGAGCAUUAUAAAGGGAAUUAUGCGGAUAGCGUUGCGCUUUCCAUGAGUGCUUUUGGGUGGGGGUGGCAUUCUGAGACCGCUGUUCAUGUGCUGCGGCUUUAUGCGAGUGGGUUGUUUGAUGAGUUUCCGCGGUUGAAGAUUGUGCUGGGUCAUAUGGGUGAGAUGUUGCCGUUUCAGCUUGAGAGGGUUAUUAGGGUUGCUGGCAGGUGGGGAUUGAGGAGGGGGUUUGAGGAGGUUUGGAAUGAGAAUUUUUGGAUUACGACUAGUGGGAUGUUUAGUCUUGGGCCUUUGGCUUGUUUGUUGAGGACGACGAGGAUUGAGAGGGUGCUCUAUUCUGUUGAUUAUCCUUUUUCGGAUAAUCAGACUGGGGCGGAGUUUUUUGAGAGGGUUAAGGAGAGUGGGCUGAUUACGGGCGAGGAUUUGGAGAAGUUUGCGUAUGGGAAUGCGGAGGCUUUGCUGGGUGUUAGGGCUGUUGGGAAGUAG